AACUGUACGACCCGCCUUUGAAAAUGAAAUUUCUCAUCGUCUCAGCCCUAGUGGCGUGCGUCUGCGCAGACGUAUCACACAUUCUCAAGCCAGACGAGUCGCAGGCCAAGAUCCUGAAGCAGGAGCUCGACGUUGGCAGCGAGGGACAAUACAUCUGGUCUUAUGAGACCGACAACGGUAUCGCUGCGAGGGAACAGGGCGCUCUCAAGAACAUACCCGGAGCUGAGGUACCAGCUCAGGUAGCCCAAGGAGAAGCGAGAUGGACCGCUCCCGACGGCCAAGUCGUGCAGUUCCAGUACACAGCCGAUGAAAACGGCUACAAUGUUCAGGGUCCCUUCAUACCCACACCCCCUCCGAUCCCAGCGGAGAUUCUGCGUUCAAUCGAGUACAUUCGAGCGCAUCCACCCAAGGAGAACUAAUAACUAUAAAACGACCAAUGUUUCGCUCUUAAAACUAGAGCGAGACGACAUUAGUUUUAAACGCCCGAGACAAAAAGAGA